CCCCACCCCUCCUUCCCUCCCCAUCCCCGGCCUGCGCCUGUGUUUGAGGCCCAGCCUGAAGCCCCGGGCCCGGGACCAGCAUGGAGCCGGCGGCAGUCGUUGGCGUUCAGAGAUAGCAACAACUGCAGAGCAUCAAUGAAGCCUCCAGCAAUUAGCAAGAGCCUACAGCAAUGGUACAACUUUGUUAUCCUAAAUGUCUGGGUAUAAAUAUAAAUUUCACGGUUGAGUGAUUGUGGGAAUUGGUGAUCUGUGUCAUGGCUGUAAUCGAAGGAGUCGGUGAUGAGGUGACCAUACUCUUCGGCCUGGUUUUCAUGGUGUUGGUGUUGGUCUUGGCUUGGGCCUCCACUCGCACUGUGGACCGAGGUGACCAGGAGCUGCGACCCACUGAAGAUACCUCUGCACCCACCUCAGAGCAGCAGAAUUCACCCUGCACCUCUUCCACCAACCGCUCACCAGAUCAAGGGGAAACAAUAGCCAACACAAGACGGGUGGAAUGCAAAGCAGAGCAGAUGGAGCAGAGUGAGGAGGAGGAACAGAGUGAGGACGAGGAGGAGGAGGAACAGGACGAGGAGAAGGAGGAACAGAGCAAGGAGGUGGAUAUGGAGCAACAGAGCGAGGAGGUGGAGAGGGAACAGCAGAGCAAGGAGGUGGAGAGAAAGCAGAGCGAGGAGGUGGAGAGAGAGCAGCAGAGUGACAAGGUGGAGGGAAGGCAGAGCGAAGAAGUGGAAAAGCAGGAGAGAGAGAAGGGGAACGAGUUGGAGGAAGAGUUACUAGCCAAACAUGAGCCGUCAACCACAGAGAAAGUUGCUGAGGGGUUAGUUACAGAUAAUGUGCCUGAAUUGGACACCUCACCACUUGAUACUUUAGAGUUACGUCAGCGAGUGACCUCUGCUAGUGGCCGGGAAGAACUUGAGACUCUGUCCACAGAUGACCAACGUCCUGACAGUGACUGUGCUGAAGACAGCUCCAUGGUGCUGAGACUAAAGUUUUUGAAUGACACUGAGAGAAUAGCUCGGGUUAGACCCGAAGACACGAUCGGACAUAUAAAGAGGACCCAUUUCCCCCAUCAGGAGCACCAGAUCCGGCUGAUCUACCAGGGGCAGCUGCUAGGAGACGACACGCGGACCCUCUCCUCGCUUCACAUCGUCAACAACUGCGUUGUUCAUUGCCACAUCUCACAGAAUGCCACUCCUCAGUCCCCCGCAGGGAGUCAUGCGGCUGAGAACACCGAGACCACCCUCAACAUCGGCAGCCUCAUGCUGCCCGUCUUCUUCCUCAUGCUUUCAGUGCUCUGGUAUUACCAGCUCAACUACAGGCAGUUUUUCACUACCCCCGCCACCAUCUCGCUUGUCGGCAUCACCAUUCUGUUCAGCUUUGUGGCUUUUGGGGCUUACAGGCGGUGAGGUUCCAGCCACCUCCAGACUAAGAACCAAUUGUGAGGGACAGCAGACUUGGGACUGAAACUCUGCUUUUUAUCAAUUAAACUCAAAUAAUUUGGA